GCGCGCACUUACCACCGAGGCGCGCAUGCACAGCUGUCAGCACCAAGGACAGCAGCCGCUCAGCCCGGAGCAACCAGCCAGCGACGCAUCGGUGUGAUAGGUCCGCACAGAGCGCAGGGAAGAGCGGACAGAGGAAGCGAUACACACCCCGGAGAGAAAGCCGCCUGGAAGCCUGGAGAAUGCUCUAACUCUAAUUUCAAAACCACAGGGAGGUGUGAGCGAUUCUGCAGAGGAAAGCAAAAAAAAGGUGGACAAUGCGGUUUGGACGUCCCUUGUUGACAGCCUGCCCCUAAUAUGAUUAUGCACAUUCCUCCGCAUUGCACAUAAAUCCGCCUAUUUUUUCACUCUUCUCCUACCUCUUUUGGCCUCCCUCCCUCGCUCACACCGCCCACCUGGAUCGUGUCUGCAGUCGUGCAUUCAACUGGCUUGAGCCGUGCCGCUGUCCAGAAGCUGGUCGAGCCGACCCGCCACCGGGGAGAAAAGCGACCGGGCUGCACUGUGCUGUUUGGUGGUCCACACGAUGCGUCUGUUUCUGCUGGCGGUGCUUCUCUCGUGCUCCUGCGCGCGGGCCGGCUGCGAGCCGAAGAUCGUGAACAUCGGGGCCGUCCUGAGCCAGAAGAGAUACGAGCAGGUCUUCAAAGAUGCCGUGACCCAGGCCAACCAGGUCUACGGCAGGGACAAAUUCAAGCUGACCGCCAUCUCCGUAACGCAUAAACCCAACGCGAUCCAGAUGGCUCUCUCCGUCUGCGAGGACCUCAUCUCCAGUCAGGUCUAUGCUAUCCUGGUGAGUCACCCUCCCCAGUCCAAUGACCACCUCACUCCAACGCCUGUCUCCUACACUGCAGGCUUCUACCGCAUCCCCGUGGUCGGGCUCACCACCCGCAUGUCCAUCUACUCAGACAAGAGUAUCCACCUGUCCUUUCUGCGGACAGUCCCUCCGUACUCUCACCAGGCGCAUGUGUGGUUCGACCUGAUGCGCGAGUUCAACUGGAACCACAUCAUCCUGAUAGUGAGUGACGACCAUGAGGGGCGGGCUGCUCAAAAGAGGCUCGAGACCCUCUUGGAGGAGAGAGAAACAAAGAAUAAAAAAAGGAACUAUGAAAACCUCGACCAACUGUCCUAUGACAACAAGCGAGGACCUAAGGCAGAGAAAGUCCUCCAGUUCAGCCAGGAGACUAACUUAACUGCCCUGCUGCUGGAGGCGAAAGAGCUGGAGGCCCGAGUCAUCAUUCUGUCCGCCAGUGAGGAAGACGCUGCUGCAGUGUACAAGGCUGCCCGCUUCCUCAACAUGACAGGCUCGGGCUACGUGUGGCUGGUGGGCGAGCGGGAGAUGUCGGGUAAAGCCCUGAGCGAGGCGCCAGACGGUCUGAUCGGCCUCCAGCUCAUCAACGGGAAGAAUGAGUCAGCCCAUAUCAAUGACGCAGUGGCUGUGGUGGCUCAGUCCAUCCAGGAGCUCUUUGAGAAGGAAAACAUUACCGAACCCCCAAGGGGAUGUGUGGGGAACACCAACAUUUGGAAGACGGGGCCCCUUUUUAAACGGGUGUUGAUGUCAUCUAAAUACCCAGAGGGCCUCACAGGUCGUGUGGAGUUCAACGACGACGGCGACAGGAAGUACGCCCACUACAGUAUACUCAACUACCAGAAGACUCGACUCAUUCAAGUUGGCAUAUACAAUGGAACACAGGUGGUAAUGAACAAUCAGCGGAAGAUCAUCUGGCCCGGAGGAGAGACUGAGAAACCGCAGGGCUUCCAGAUGUCCACUCGAUUAAAGAUAGUGACGAUACACCAGGAGCCAUUUGUGUAUGUGAAACCCACUCUGCCGGAUGGAACGUGCAAGGAGGAAAUGACAUUAAAUGGAGUCUUAAUUAAAAAGGUUAUCUGCACUGGGCCCAAUGAGACCAUCCCAGGUCGCCCAAUUGUACCCCAGUGUUGUUAUGGAUUCUGUAUUGAUCUCCUGAUCAAGCUGGCUAUGACGAUGAACUUUACCUAUGAAGUGCAUCUGGUGGCUGAUGGGAAAUUUGGGACUCAGGAGAGGGUGAACAACAGUAACAAGAAAGAGUGGAAUGGCAUGAUGGGAGAGCUCCUGGGGGGCCUGGCUGACAUGAUUGUAGCCCCGCUGACUAUAAACAACGAACGAGCCCAGUAUAUCGAGUUCUCCAAACCCUUUAAAUAUCAAGGCCUCACCAUCCUUGUUAAAAAGGAAAUUCCUCGCAGUACACUGGACUCGUUCAUGCAGCCGUUCCAAAGCACACUGUGGCUGCUGGUGGGUCUAUCGGUGCAUGUGGUGGCGGUGAUGCUUUACCUACUAGACCGGUUCAGCCCGUUUGGAAGAUUUAAAGUAAACAGUGAAGAAGAAGAAGAAGAUGCCCUCACCUUAUCAUCUGCCAUGUGGUUCUCCUGGGGAGUGUUGCUGAACUCUGGAAUUGGAGAAGGUGCGCCGCGUAGCUUCUCAGCGAGAAUCCUCGGUAUGGUGUGGGCUGGAUUUGCCAUGAUCAUUGUGGCUUCCUAUACUGCCAAUCUGGCUGCCUUCCUGGUGUUGGACCGGCCUGAGGAGCGCAUCACCGGCAUCAAUGACCCAAGGCUGAGAAACCCAUCAGACAAGUUCAUCUACGCCACGGUGAAGCAGAGCUCCGUGGACAUCUACUUCCGGCGGCAGGUGGAGCUUAGCACCAUGUACCGCCACAUGGAGAAGCACAACUAUGAGAGUGCCGCCGAGGCUAUCCAGGCCGUGCGUGACAACAAGCUGCAUGCUUUCAUCUGGGACUCUGCGGUGCUGGAGUUUGAAGCCUCGCAGAAGUGCGACCUGGUGACCACGGGAGAGCUGUUUUUCCGUUCGGGCUUUGGCAUAGGCAUGCGCAAGGACAGCCCCUGGAAACAGAAUGUGUCCCUGGCCAUUCUCAGUUCUCAUGAGAACGGCUUCAUGGAAGACCUAGAUAAAACCUGGGUGAGAUACCAGGAGUGUGACUCAAGGAGCAAUGCCCCAGCCACACUCACCUUUGAAAACAUGGCAGGGGUCUUCAUGCUGGUGGCUGGAGGCAUAGCAGCAGGGAUCUUCCUCAUCUUCAUCGAAAUCGCCUACAAGCGCCAUAAAGACGCCCGCAGGAAGCAGAUGCAGCUGGCCUUUGCGGCCGUCAAUGUUUGGAGGAAGAACCUGCAGGAGAGUAAGGAGGCCUCUGGAAGUCAAGCGGUGGCUGGGACCCCGUCAUUACCCUCUUCCUCUCUAGAGACUCAGGAUGAUAGGAAAAGUGGUAGAGCAGAGCCCGACCCCAAAAAGAAAGCCUCUUUUAGGUCCAUCAGUACCACCCUGGCCUCCAGCAUCAAGAGACGUAGGUCCUCCAAAGACACGCAGUACCCACCCACUGACAUCACGGGCCAACUCAACUUGUCUGACCCGUCUGUCAGCACUGUGGUGUAAAAAGGAGAGGAGGGAGACGCCGAGGUUUGCUCCCCAAGGAGAGAGGAAAGGAGACGAGAAAGGAAGGAAUUGGGAGGAGAGGAAAGCGGAGGGGAGACACCCUUCUCGUUACCUUCACCCGCCGAAGUCGAAGCUUUCUUUUCACCGCCUGCCAAAUGGAGUUUUUGAGGAGACCGCUUGCCGAAGAAGAAGAACAAGUGGAUGAAAACACUGAACUAGCACCUUUUUUUUGAAGUCAGGAUUACCUGGCGUUAGAUGUUUGUAGGGUCCUUGAGCAUGCACAGAAGAACCCAUAUGACUCAUCUACAUCUACAACCUUUUCCUUCUGUAUAUUAUUAGCUAAACUUAUUUAACCUUGUUUUUGUCCUUUUACUCACAGAAAUUUACUUAAUGUUUGAUGUUUUACCAAUUUCCUGACCAGCUGUAUAGCAGUUAGCAAGCCAGGUUUAGUUUGGUUAAGUUUAUGGAUUAAACCAGUUCUGGUGCCAGUACUGUACUCUACAUAUCACUUCCAAUUAGGGCCUAGUAACCAUAGUAAUAUCUAGUAUUUCUUAACAGCAUAUACUGCAAUACAAGACGUACUGUAAGCUUCAAUGGAUAUCAAAUGUUUUUUAAUAGGAACUACCUGUGUUUUUACCUACACUUUAAAGGUUUUUAGAUAAUGUUUCUUUUAUUGGGAGGCACUAAUAAUGGCACUAACAAUGAGGAUGUGACUAAUCUUGUCAACCACUGAAGAUGAUGGAAGCAUGUGUGUGCUUGUGUAUGAAUAAGAGCUUUAUGUAUCUGAAUGAAGAUAUUGAUCAGUGUUAUUUUGAAGGCUAUAUACCAGAUUCUGUAGUUGUUUAAAUUGUACCCCCACCCCCCUUUAAUCUUGCACUAAUCUCCCAAAUGCAUGUGUUCAUAUUUCUAGAAAGAACUCAGUUUCUUAAGGAAAAUCUGUUAAGCUUUAUUACUAUUUAUAGCAAGAGAUAAGAUGGUGAAUAUAUGAAAUUUCAGAUUAAUUUGCAGUCUGAUGCAACAGUUAAGUAAGGCUGGUGUUUUUAUGUCCAAACAUGUAAAGCCAUGUUGCGUUUGGGGAUGCCCUCUCUCUCUCCCUAACUUCCUCUCUCCUGCCGCGGCAGUCUUUCUCAUUUCCAGUCUCGAAGGGGUUGCAUCAAAGGGCCAGGUUUUUCACCCAACCAGCACUCGGUCUUUCAUGCAAAACUUCCUCCCUGCGUAGCCCACCGGAGAACUUUUACACGAAGGAACCUGAGUGAAUUGAAAGCUUCGCUCAGCUUGCGAGCUUGUGUGCAGGUCUUGGUUAGAUGCAAAAACAGGCCGUUUCCCGUUUUCUGGAGCUGAGAAACCACUGCUGUUUGUUUGAAAAGACUAUCACUCCUUUCUAGUGUCUGGCACUGCAUAGCACUUUAUGCUGAGGGGUCUCCCAAACUGUUACAAAAAAAAAAAAAAAAAAAAAUAAGACUUACCAGGAAACUAGAGCAGAACCACUAUAACAUCAGACAUAUUAACCUCUCCACUAUGUUUUAAUCCACAAAUCUCCUUACUUUAUUAGAAAAUAGCAUUUACAAAGUCUUUAUAAGAGGAUUGAUGACACUUUUAAACAACUACACAAAGUGCUAAAACACUUUUUAUUUUCUAAACUUGAACCGUAAUUUUGCUUCUGAUCAUCUUCUCAUUCUGGCCUAUGCAUGUUUAUGUGUUAUUACCAGUGCUUUGGUUUGUUUUUUGGAUGCGUGUUGUUGCCAUGUACAGUUUACUGAGCUGUGUGGAGCACUUAACGUUGAAUGAAAUGUAGAUAGAAUCUGGUUCAGCGUCGAUGGGGUUGAGGGAGAUUGUACUGUGCUUGUAUUACGACUGCAACUGAGAAUGUCCUAUACUAUAGUUACACACAACAGUUGUGAUACACAGGCAUGCAUCAACACACACACACACACACACAUAUAUGUAUAUAUACACAUGCACAUACAUGCACACACAAACACAAACAGGAAUCGCCUGUUUUUCUUACCUUUUCCAGUAAAGACCUUGCAUUGAAUCAUCUUGUUUAUAGAACUGUAAAUAAAAUAUACUUACAUUGCCAA